AUGGCUCCCAGCCCUGACGAAAAGUCGGUCUUACCGGCGCGCCGCCCUUCACCAGGCAGCCAGAACGCCACCCGGGCCGACGUCAACGGCAACGGCCACAGGAGCAGCGCCCGCGGUGCCGGCUGGUGGAAGGUGAAGCUGUUCCGCGGCAUGGUCAACGACAUUCGCCGCCGGGCCCCCUUUUACAUGAGCGAUUGGAUCGACGCCUGGGACUAUCGUGUGGUGCCGGCAACGGUCUACAUGUAUUUUGCAAACAUUCUACCCGCUUUAGCCUUCUCCCUCGACAUGUUCACGAGUACGGGCUCAACGUACGGCGUCAACGAGGUCCUACUGGCCUCCGUCCUCGGCGCCGUGGUCUUCUCGCUGCUGGCGUGCCAGCCCCUGGUCAUUGUCGGCGUCACCGGCCCCAUCACCGUCUUCAACUAUACCGUGUACGAUAUCAUUAAGCCAACGGGCAUCAACUACCUUGCCUUUAUGUGCUGGAUCGGGCUAUGGUCCCUGGUAUUCCACUGGAUCUUGGCCAUCACCAACUCGUGCAACUGGCUACGCUACGUGACGCGCUUCCCCUGCGACAUCUUCGGCUUCUACGUCGCCUUCAUCUACCUCCAAAAGGGCAUCCAGGUGCUCGAGAGGCUGGGCGACGCCGAACCCUUCUACCUCUCCAUCGUCGCCUCGCUGCUCGUCUUCAUGGUCGCCUACGCCUGCGCCGGUCUCGGCGGCAGCGGUCUGUUUCACCACCACGUGCGCACCUUCCUCAAAGACUAUGGUACGCCUCUCACUCUCAUCUUCUUCACCGGCUUCGUCCAUAUUGGCAGGAUGAAGCCCGUCCAUCUGGAGGUGCUCCCGACCGGCAUUGCCUUCAUGCCGACAGCCGACAGGAGCUGGCUUGUUGACUUUUGGAACAUCAAUGUCGGAGACGUCUUUCUGGCCAUUCCAUUUGCCAUUUUGUUGACCAUCCUGUUUUGGUUUGACCACAAUGUCUCUUCUCUCAUUGCACAGGGAACCGAGUUCCCCUUGAAAAAGCCAGCCGGGUUCCACUGGGACCUUUUCCUGCUCGGCCUGACGACCGGUGUUGCCGGCAUCCUGGGCCUGCCUUUCCCCAACGGCCUCAUCCCUCAGGCCCCGUUCCACACGGAAUCCCUGACGGUCAAAAAGUCUUACGCCGAAAUGGACGAGAAGGGUGAGUUCAAGGGCAGCUACGUGAUCAAGGCCUCCCACGUCGUUGAGCAACGAGUCUCGAACCUGGCCCAGGGCCUUCUCACGCUCGGCACCAUGACGGGCCCCUCCUCGUCGUCCUGCACCUGA